AUGAACCUCAACUUCACCUCGCCCGUGCACCCCGUCUCGGCGCCCAGGCCCACCUCCUUCUUCAUCGAGGACAUCCUGCUGCACAAGCCCAAGCCCUUGCGGGAGGUGCCUCCUGAGCACUUCCCCGGCUCCUUGGCCUCCCGUGUCCCCCUUUUGGACUAUGGGUACCCCCUGAUGCCAGCCCCGACCCUCCUGGCGCCUCACCCGCAUCCUGCCCUGCAUAAGCCGGAGCAUCAUCACCACCACCCCUAUUUUCUCACCACCUCGGGAGUGCCGGUGCCAGCCCUGUUCCAGCACCACGCUCACGCCGAGCUUACCGGGAAGCACUGCCGCCGCCGCAAAGCCCGCACCGUCUUCUCGGACUCGCAGCUAUCCGGCCUGGAGAAGAGGUUUGAGAUCCAGCGCUACCUGUCCACACCCGAGCGGGUGGAACUGGCCACGGCCCUCAGCCUUUCCGAGACGCAGGUGAAAACUUGGUUCCAGAAUCGGCGGAUGAAGCACAAAAAGCAGCUGCGAAAAUCGCAGGACGACCCGAAGCAGCCGGGCGCCGAGGAGAGCCGGGAGCUGAGCUCUCCCGAGCCCGAGCUGCCCGAGGCGGCCGGCGUAGAGCCCCGCAAGGCUCCCUUCCUCCUGCAGGACCCCGAGGACGAGGUGGACAUCCUGGAGGAGGGGGACCUCUGCGCCGGCCCCCAUCGUCUCUAG